AUGAAAGGCCUCAUCGUAUUCUUAUCUUCGCUGUCCUCAGUGGCAGCGCUUACCAUCAAAGCGCCGACAAUAGCGCGAGACCUUGUAGCUCUGGUGUCGGCGUCCUCAUCUGUGUCGGUUGAGCUGCAGGCAAGAUGGAGUGACUACAAUGCACCGAAUCCGUCCGUUGUGGUCAACGUCACAUCGGAGAAUGAUGUCGCUGUGGUCGUCAAGUACUGCAAUGAGCAGAACAUUCCGUUGCUGGCUCAGAACGGCGGCGUAGCAUGGGCAAAUACCUUCAACCUUGGAAGCGACGGUGUGCUGAUCAACCUCGCUGGACUCAACGCCGUCACUAUCGCGGAGGAUAAGAAGACAGCAACCAUUGGCGGUGGUGCAAGUAUCAGCGACACAAUCGCAGCCGCAGAUGCUGCCGGCGCUCUCGUCCUGACCGGCAACUGCAACUGCGUCGGUUCACUCGGCGCCUACCUAGGCGGUGGCUAUGGCAACCUCAUCGGCGAGGUCGGUUUCGGCGUCGACAAUCUCAUCUCCCUCCGCGUCGUCACCUCCAACGGCAGCAUCGUAACCGCCUCCAAGACGUCCCACCCCGACCUCUUCUGGGCGCUCCGCGGCGCAGGCCCAAACUUCGGCAUCGUAGUAUCUGCAAACGUCACCGCCUUGCCCGCCACGGCCCUGGACCGCUCAGCCUGGAUAAACAACCUCUUCUUCGAUCCCGCCAAGCUGCCGCAGGUCGCACAGGCAAUCCAGGACUUGCCCCUCCUCCCCUUGCAACGCGUCUACCUCGUGCUAACCAGCUCGGGGCCACCGCUCAACGAGCCCUCGGUGCUCGUCACCGGCUUCCUACGCAAGGGCACCAACGAAACGGGCCGAGCGGCCUUUGCGUCGCUGUACGAUCUGGGCCCCAGCAGCGAGUCCAGCGGCGUCGAGCCAUAUCUAAACUGGAACGACGCCAACAUUGCGUUCUGCGAGCGCGGCGGCCGAAAACCAGCCUACAGCACGAUGAUCACCGGCAUGCAGCCGUCCACCUGGCCGCAGAUCUGGGACCUAUACAAAACCUUCCAGGCCAAGGGACCAAACAGCGCGAUCCUAAUCGAGCGCUACAACCUAACGCACGCCCGCCAACAGACUCCAGGCACCGUGGCGCUAAACCCAGCGCUGCGCAACGCGGCGUUCGCACAGGCGAUUGUUAUCCCGUGGUACAAUGAAACAGCUCUGGAUGCAGAGGCACUUGAUUUCGGCAAGAGCGUCAGGGAUAUCUGGAGCGAUACGCCGGAUGCGACGCGCAACCCGACGUACGCGAAUUUCGCGCACGGCGACGAGACGCUGGAGGCUAUCUACGGCGACAGCUUGCCGCGGCUGCGCCAGCUGAAGAAGGAGUGGGAUCCGAAGGGGCUGUUCCGGCAGUGGUUUGCCAUCAAAUAG